AUGCUUGCCGUCUUCCAGGAGGCUCUACCUGGUGAAGGCACCGUACAGCAGUCUAGUCCUCCGUCUCCAGGCUCUCCCCCUGCUGAUGAUGGUGAUGGUCGUGGUGAAUCCCCGAAUGCUGUUAUUGACGAUAGCGCGUCUGGUCCUGCUGUACGAUAUUCGCUCGCCCCUGGUUCUUCUUGGACUUCCAUAAGUGAAGCUGAGGAGAAUGCCGUUGUGGAGACGCCCCUGGUGAACUACACAAGACUGCCUCCACUAAACUUGCAAACUAUUGGUUAU